AUCGCUCGCGUCCCGGCGCCCCGACUACGGCCAGCGCCCUCCAGAGCGUCUUCCCGAGCCACGAGCAAGGGAGGUGGUGCCACCGCGCGCCAGCCUGGCGCGGCCGUGACGUCAGGCUUGCACCGGCGUGGCCAUUGGCUGAGGGCAUGUGGCGCGGACCGGCCCUGGUGAGAAUGGUUGGGCAUGCCGUGUGGGGGCGGGGCCCGGAGGCGGGGCUUGCUGUGGAGAGAGUUAAAAUACGCGGCCCCGCGGGCUUUCGCUGCUUCUCUGUCGGGAAUCUCGGUGUUCUAGGUCAGAUCAGACAUUCCGUCACGAUGCCUGAAAUAAAUACCAACCAUCUUGAUGAACAACAGGUUCAACUUCUAGCAGAGAUGUGUAUUCUUAUCGAUGAGAAUGACAAUAAAAUUGGGGCUGACACCAAGAAAAAUUGUCACCUGAAUGAAAACAUUGACAAAGGAUUAUUACAUCGAGCUUUUAGUGUCUUCUUAUUUAAUACUGAGAAUAAGCUCCUGUUACAGCAGAGAUCAGAUGCUAAAAUUACCUUUCCAGAUUGUUUCACCAAUAGUUGCUGUAGUCACCCGUUAAGUAAUCCAGGGGAGCUUGAAGAAAACGAUGCCAUCGGGGUUAAACGAGCAGCACAGAGGCGCUUAAAGGCUGAGUUGGGAAUACCCUUAGAAGAGGUUGACCCUAAUGAAAUGAAUUAUCUAACACGAAUUUACUACAAGGCCCAAUCUGAUGGUGUCUGGGGUGAACAUGAAAUUGAUUAUAUUUUGUUUCUGAGGAAGGAUGUAACCUUGAAUCCAGAUCCCAAUGAGAUUAAAAGCUAUUGUUAUGUCUCAAAGGAAGAGCUCAAAGAAAUUUUGAAGAAAGCAGCCAGUGGUGAAAUUAAGUUAACUCCAUGGUUUAAAAUUAUUGCAGACACUUUUCUCUUUAAAUGGUGGGAUAACUUAAACCAUUUGAGUCAAUUUGUUGACCAUGAGAAAAUACAUAGAAUGUGAAUGUGUAAUGAACUGAAAAUUUUUCUACCUACUAAGAUUGGUUUUGUUUUGGUUUGAAUUUAA